CUGAGGAAAGCAACGGUAAAUCAUUCGUGUGAUUCUAUCUCCCCUGUUUUCAGGCAUCAAACGAACCGUUUAGUUUGUGAGCUGUAAACAUGGUGAAGAAGAAAGUCAUUGUGGCGUUGAUGAUGCUGGUGGUGGCAGCCGUCGCCACCUUCGUAGGCGUGUUCUUCAGUGGCGGGAAAAGGAAACCUCCAAAUGAAUACUUUAAGGCAGCUGUGGCAGCAGACGCUGGGCUGUGUUCAGAGGUCGGCAGAGUCAUCCUGAUCAAAGGUGGUUCUGCAGUAGAUGCAGCCAUCGCUGCUAUGCUGUGCACUGGACUGGUGAAUGCUCACAAUAUGGGAAUUGGAGGAGGACUGUUCUUCACGAUCUACAAUGCAACGACUGGAAAAGUUGAGACCAUUGAUGCCAGGGAAACUGCGCCUCGCAAUGCAACCCAGGACAUGUUUGGAAACAGCACAGAUUUAUCCCAGACGGGAGGGUUGGCUAUUGCGGUACCAGGACAAAUUCGAGGUUAUGAGAUGGCUCAUCGACGACACGGUAAACUGCCCUGGAAAGACUUGUUUCAACCCAGCACUGAUCUUGCUGAGAAAGGUUUUCCUUUGGGAAGGGCACUGGCCGAUGCAUUGAAAUUGUACAAAAAAACCAUCAUCAAGAACCCAGCCCUGUGUGAAGUAUUUUGCGGGGAAGAUGGUGAUGUUCGAAAAGAAAAUGAGACCAUCAUGUUUCCAAAGCUCGCAGAAACCUACAGGAAAAUAGCAACGGAGGGUCCGAAUGUAUUUUACGAAGGACAACUAGCACAGAACCUUGUGGCAGAUAUAGCAGCUGCAGGUGGAAUCAUCACAAUGCAGGAUCUUGAGGAGUAUGUGGCGAUCUUGGAUGAGGAACCACUGAGGGUAAAUGUGGGGGAGUACACCAUGGUGGCUCCCACCGCCCCCGCCAGUGGGCCGGUGCUCUCACUCAUACUAAACAUCCUGAAAGGAUAUAACUUCACCUCAGACAGUUUGGGAAGCACUGAGAAUAAGGUCCUGACCUACCAUCGCAUUGUGGAGGCCUUUCGAUUCGCUUAUGCAAAAAGGACACUUCUGGGAGAUCCAAAGUUUGUGAACAUCAGUGAUUUGAUUCAGAAUAUGACAUCUGACGUCUAUGCCGAUGCCCUCCGUGAGAAGAUAACAGAUGACACCACACAUGACACAAACUACUAUGAGCCUCAAUUUUUUCUGCCUGAAAACCACGGGACGACACACAUCUCUGUAGUAGCAGAGGACGGAAGCGCAGUGGCAGCCACCAGCACCAUCAACCUUUAUUUGGGCUCCGAAGUCAUGUCUAAUUCAACAGGGAUUGUACUCAACGAUGGGAUGGACGACUUCAGCUCUCCACUCUUCGACAAUUACUUUGGCUUACCUCCUUCACCAAACAACUUCAUUAAACCAGGUAAACGGCCGACAUCCUCUAUGUGUCCUACCAUCCUGCUUGACAAAAACAACAAAGUUAAAAUGGUGGUCGGUGGCUCAGGAGGAUCUACAAUUACUACCUCAGUUGCUCAGGUGAUUCUCAAUGUUCUGAACUUUGACUACGAUGUGAACAAAGCUGUGUCAGACCCUCGACUCCACAACCAGCUCGAACCAAACGCUACUGAGGGAGAGCCUGGCUUUGACAAAACUGUCAUGGCCGGUUUGGCGUUAAAGAACCAUACGACAAAGUUCCAUGACUCUUGGGUGGGUGUAGUUCAGGCUGUAGUUCGUUAUGAGGAUGGUCUUCGUGCUCAGUCGGACCCUCGGAAGUGGGCUUAUGCUGCAGGUUACUGAGGUCAUAACUACAUCUGUGAUGUCACCUCCAGACUGAUGCUUCCUAAGGUCAUAACUCGUAACUACACCUGUGCUCAAACCCACGAGGACCUUGACACCAGCGGUAGAAGAACAAAUGAUUAACUUGAUAAAGAACCAGAGACCGAUGUUCACUGUUCUGUGUUCUUUAAAUAUAUUAAACAAACAAACCAUUCUUUGUUCUGACCUUGAAAAAAUGUAUCUUUAAAUUAAUUGUGAAUAUUGAUUCUUGUCGUCUCCUUGUUUCCAUGUGAUUUUUAUUGUAGAAGGAACUAGAGAUUCUUCCAGACAAUGCAGUUCAUCACCUGUAAACACUGUGAAAUUAUUUCAUUUCUCUUUGUAGAAGUCAUGUGUAACACAUAAAAAUGUGUAAAUCUUACUUAUUUAUGAAACACUUUUGUAAAUCAUUCACAAUGUAAUACUGUAUACACACACACACACACACACACACACACACACACACACACACAGUAAUGGAAUUUUCUGAUUCCCUUCUUUGUUUCCAUAUCCAUUCCUGACUACUCUUCCCCACUACAUGCUAACUUUCCCGAAUACCCCCCACUGCAUGCUAAUUUUUGCAUAUUCUUACCCAAAUGCCCCUACUGUAUGUGUACAUUUUCUUGCAAGGUAACAAAAGGUGACUGAUUGUCAAAGCUGUGAGUUCAUCAUUCAGUCAAAAGGCCCUUUGAGGAGACUGGAGGUGUCACUUGCAAAUGUGAUUCACCCUAUAAAAGGUGGAUCUUGUGAGAAGCUCUUUGUGUUUUCUUCACAAUCGCCACUUGUGUGCAGA